CCUGGUGUGUGUAUAAAAGGUAGAGACAUGACUCGUUCACUUCAAAUUAUCAGUUCAGUGUGCUUAGUGUAGUUCCGGCUUGCGAACAGGUACUUUCAGUCCGAAACAUCACAAUCUUUCUGGUACCAAGAUGAGGAAUCUUUCUUUCGGGGUUAUUCUUGGACUUCUUGCUUUUGUCCAUUCAACACCUCUAACAACUGUGACCCAGAUCUCGGCCAAGGAUGAAGUUGUCAACGAGGCCUUGACGGAUGGGUUCCUGAUUGAUCUCCCUUCACUCACGACUGCAUCACCCAAGAGAAACACAACAGUUCCAGUUUCCCAACCAUCGUCCUCUGUUCCUACAGAGACAGACUUCGAGGGCAGUGCUUUAGGGGAGUCCAGUGACCUGUUCCACCAGCAUGAAGAUGAACACCCUGCGACCACAACGCAGAGUGUUUCACAUCCCCCGAGCUCAACCUCAACUGUGUUUCUAAGAGCUGUGGACCACUCCAGUUCAGAUUUAUCCAUCACUCAAAGCACUCAGGCCAGCUUUAAGUCUUCUUCAGUGCCAAAUGAGGCCCAGCCCAGCUCCACCCCAGACCAUAAAUCCACCUCUCAAACCACUCGCCAAGCUGUCCUGAUCUUUGACCCUGUGACUUCAGAUUUAGGAUCUGGAGAUGGAGAGAUGCCUGAACAGCACACAACUACAACCUCCAGUAUGAAUUCUGACACAAACAGCGUAACCGAUGCUGCAUCAUCAACCACCAUGGCUGCAUCAUCAACCGCCAUGGCUGCUCCCAUCGGACCCAAGUCUCGAAUGUUUUCAGCAGAUGACAAAGUAGUCGUUGUCAAUAAAGAACCACAGACAGGACCAUCAGGCACCGACAAAGGACACAAAACACCAAGUUGGAUGAUCAUCACUGGUUUCAUCGUUGGUGUUGCAACACUGGUUGUGAUCUGCAUUGCCAUCGCUACAAGAGACAAGUGGAAUGCACCGAGGAAAGCAUCCCAGCUUGAGACCCAAACUAACUCCACAAACCAGCAGAGGGAGCAGGACCAGGAGAUGGAGACGUUCCUGCCCAAGGAGAAUGGAAAGGCGGCAGAAUAUUCCGUCAUCCCUCUGGAUGAGCUUCCAGAGAAUAACUCAUCGGACUGAGGCGCAACAAAAGACCCUUGUGAUGUUUGAUGCUAAUCAUAGAAAAACAAGACUGUGUGUGAAGCAGAGGAAUUCGGUCAGAGGAACAAAACAGUGAUUGCUGUUAGGCAUAAGAUUUCCGCUUUGAGCCCGAUCUGAACCACCAAUGACAGUCUGGGUUUUCCAUCUGACUUUGAAAACUCUUGUUUUAUAAUGCCUUUGAGAUAACGGCAAUAUUUUGUUUUUUGUAUUUAUUAUCAUGUCAGAUACGUUUUCUAGAUGCAACAUGCAAAGCUGUUCGGGAAACUUCCACUGAAGCCAUUUAUUUCAAACUCUCUUCAGUGUUUUAUUUUCUGUUUUAAUUUUAAAUAUUUUUCCCAACUACCAGCUCUCUUUGCCGGCAUAUGUAUAUAUUUUUUUCAAGUGUCUUUAUUGUAAUUAUUUUCAAUCACGUGUAAUCAUAUUGUUGAAAGUCUGUGUUGUGGAUUGUAACUUAUAUUAAGCUGCCCUGUUUCCCCCGUGCAUUCAAUGUCGAAGCUCAGCCCACAAACCCAUUAGCUGCUCUCGACAACCUACACAGCACUCCAGCUGUCGCACUCAUUGAAUGUUCACAUCACCUGCACCUUUCGUCUGAGAAAUAAACACAACUACAGCUCAUCGACAAACAUUUAUUUUUGGUUUUCCAUUCAUAUUUACACACAAGUAUUAAAACAUUUACACACUUUCA